GUUAUAUUUUACUUAAUAUACUAGAUUACGUAAAUUGAGUUUAGACGAAAUGGAGUCUUUUGGAGAGCAAUUAUUUCAAAAUAUAUUUGGAGAAAAAUACGCGUAACAAUCUAUACCGUAUAAAGAAUGAAAAGUUUCAGGAAAGUCGUCUAUAUGAAAAAAGUACAUUUGGUAGAAGUUUUGGGAAAGAAACAGAAUCGCAAUGGGACAGAAUUAUAGAAGAACGUUAUCAAAAUCUAGAAAUGGGAAGGAAAAUAUUCGAAAAUGCGUAUCGAUUUAUUGAAAACAGAGAAGACGAUGACGAGGAGAGUGAAUUUGAGAAGAAAAAACGUGCUACUGGUGCUAAAGAUAAAUCCAAGGACAGGAGCAAUCGUUCAAAGAAACGUACCAAGAAGAAAGAAGAAACGUUCAUCGAUUCACGUAAAAAGAAGGCUAAAGAAAUAGAUAUAUAUAUAGAUGUGAAAACGAUUCAUCCAAGAGAUCUUUAUUUAUCAUCAUUGCCACAUUAUACUGAAUACAAAACUGAAGUUCAUGUGCCUAAAUCCUGCAUCGAACAUGAUCUUUCAACGUUCAAACAUUCGGCACAAAGUGCCGAUGAAAUAACGUAUAGUGAAAACUCCGACAAAGAAGAAUCAAAAGCUUCAAUUGAACGACCUGUUUCAAAACAUCAGAAGACGAAAAAAACAACAGAUGAUAAAACAAAUAAGAAAACAGAAACUAAAAGUAUUAAUGAGGUAAGCAGCAUCCAUGAACCAUUUUAUUUCCUAUAUUUAAGAAAUAUUUUCUUACUUUUAAUAAAAUUGUUACAGAAAUGUCAAAUAUCCACAUUGAAUCCUCUGACACUCAUCACUAAAUAUAUAUCCUCAAUACGACAUAAAUAUGAAAAAGAAAAGAGAAUCAUCGAAAAGAACAGGAGCUAUCAAGAUUUAGAAAACGAAAGAAAAAGCUGUCAAAAGAGGAUAAAUCGAGAACUGGAAUUAUUUAGAAAACUGGCAGAACAGCGUUAUUCAGAAAUAUCGUCAUCUGAAGAUCUUACAGAUGAUGAAGCGGCCAAAAAAAUUAAAAAAUCCUUUACUGAAGUAAAUGGGAGAGGUGAAAAGAAAAAAAAUCAGGAGACAAAGCGAUCGUCAUCUCCAAUUCUGAUAUACCAUUAUUAUAGACCCGAUUUCAAAUCCAAAGACGACACAACAUAUUAUGAUUCCGAUGGUUGUGUUCAGGAACCUAAUAAUUGGUUAAAAACUCAUAAGGUACUCAGGACUCCUCUCCCGCUAACCAGUGCAAAUGACAACAAACCAGAUGAAAAAGUUUCAGAAGAAACAAAAUCCAAUAAGCAUUCAUUGGAUUCUUUACCUUCUCAAUCCGAAAACCAAGAAACUGUUUUAAACCAAUUGAAAAAAGAAGAAGAAACACUUGAUCAUAAACUACAAAAUAUUAAAUCGAAAGCAAACAACGAAAAGUUGAAAAUACAUUACGAUCCAAUGACAAUCACAUUUGAUGCUCGAUCAGUUACCAAUUCCAAUACAUAAAUUCAUUUUAUGUCACACAACUUAUGUAUGUACUUACUUUAUAGAUGUUACCUUAUAUUUCGUAGUCAAAAACGUGGUACAUUAAGUUAAGAACUACGGUGAAUUCUAGAAUUUACCGGUAAAACUUAAGAUUAACCAAGUAGUCAUGGCAAAAAUCCGAAACGUUUGUGGUCCUUGUGAGCAUUUACCGCUUAGAUUUUACCGGUAAAUCUCAAGAUUUUCCGAAAUUCUUGUUUUUAUAGUAAUAUUACAAAUGGUCAGUUAUCGAUGAAAUGGAAACAUACAGGUUAAGAUUAGUGUUUGCAUUUUUAUAUAUUUUAUGGAUACAAUAUACUGUAUACGACCAGUAGCGGCGUUAGGGUAGGGCGAGGUGAGGCGACCGCCCAGGGCACCGGGCAUAAGAGGGCGCCGCAAGCACCAGAGUCGGAUCUUAAAGGGCGCCCACUGAGAUAUCAUAUUUUUAAAGGAUUUCAACCCGAUACCAAAAAAGGGGUCCCCGAAAAUCUGGCCCAGGGCGCCGGAAAUAAAACCUUAAACCGGCCCUGUAUACAAUGAAAUAGAUAUAAGCAUAUAUUUUAAAUAUAUUUGAUAUGAAGAUCCUGUUCUGUUACCAUACUGUAUGUUAUAAGAAAUAUACUAAAUUCAGGUCCUUCAAUUAUUUUAAAUCGAAUUUCUGAAAAAAUUACGCUCAAAUCGUUGUCAGGGUUCCGUCAUGUUUAUUCUCGAAGAGAAAUUUAUUUUUAAUCUAUCGUUAUUUCUAUUAAUUUUAUUUACAAAGUUUGUUACUAUUAAGAUGUUUUUACUUCACAGGGAUAUUUAGUCUAGAACUUUACAAUACUGUGAUUCUGAAUCUUAAUCGGCUUAAUCCUUUUAUAUAAAAAAUAUGUUAAAACCAAAGACAUUCAACAUAUACACCAACGAAUAGACAGAACAUAUAAUACGAAAAUGUACUAAUGAUGAAGUUCUAGUUUAACACUAGUGAUAAUAUUGACAAUUACGUUGGAUUAUGAUUAAAAUAUUUGAAUUGUAAUGUCCGCUCUAUGUUUAAUAUUAUAUUUAACUCUAUGACUGAUAUUAUUGAAUCUCUUUAAUUGGAACAUGAAUUUAUACGAAUUGUGUAAAUCUAAAAGACUUAACUGAAAAAAAAAAUGUGAGCUUGUAGAGUUUAUCUCUUGUUCCGUCUAUUUAUGUAUUUUGACAUAUAAAGUUGACUAAAUGGGAUAAUUUAGAAAAUCGCUAUUCCAUUUAUAAACACGCGUUUAAAAUAAUUCUGUUGCCAUGUUAUAGUAGAAUAUUUGUUAAAAAAAAUGUUGUUCUAUGUUUUUCACAAUUACCUAAUGUACUUAUUUUAGUCAA